CAGACACACACACAGACAGACACAUAGACAGACACACAGACAGACACACACAGACAGACACACAGACAGACACACACACAGACACAGACACACACACAGACACACACACAGAUACACACAGACAGACACACACAGACACACACAGACAAGACACAGACAGACACACACAGACAGACACACACACAGACACACACACACACACACAGACAGACACACAGACAGACACACAGACAGACACACAGACAGACAGACACACACAGACAGACACACAGACAGGCGGGUGUGGGCUUUGUUGUGGCUGCUGCUGCUGAGUAGGAGGAGCGCCAUUUUUUCACCGCUACCGCCGUUACGCGGAUUGCCAACCUUGUCUCCCGCAGAGGCCGGCAGAGAGAGAGAGAACGAGAGAGAGUGCUGCAUCUGCACGCAGCCCUUCUCGCAGUCCAACGUCCUCCCACGGGUAGCUUAUAUCUGCAUGCAGAGCUCCCCGUCAUCUGCCACCGAGCACACGGCCUCCUGCAGCUCCCACUACGGUCUCCCUCUCUCCGUGGUGGUCGCGUGGAUUUAUCUCCGGCUCACGCGUUUGGAGUUACAGAUAGUCCCCGAGUUACGAUAUUUCGAUCUUACGACAGUGAUACGACACGACGGACAGCAUCUUGAAAACAAGUAUCCAUGUCUACAUCAAGCAAGGGAAAGCGUAAAGCGCAAACCACGACAACUGAACAAGCCAACAAGAAAGCCCGUACAACGACCGACGAAGCAGCCUCCAUACCUGCACCAAAGCGCGUUUUGACCGAAGACCAAAAGAAGCAAAAACGUGAACGGGCGGCGUUUAUCCAUGCGGCGCAAACGGCAGAAGCGUUGCAACAAAGCCGCGAGAAGAAACGAAUUGCCAAGGCGCGCUGGCGCGCCGAAGCUACUGCCGAGGAACUUGAAGCGAGACGCCAAAGAAACCGAGAACACAUGUCAAACGCACGUCGCAAGAAAACCUCUGAAAAACGCGACGUGCGACGCAAUCGCGAACGGGAAGUGACGUCGGCCGCAGGUGCCGAGGAAACCGCCGAAGAACGCGAGGCGCGACGCCAGGUUUUCUCCCACGCCGUCGAUCGCAACUCCCGCAGCCCCAGUCGCCACUCUGCCUCCCGCCGGGACUCCGCGUCCCCGCCCCGGGUGCGGGUCUCCGCGCUUCACCCGGCCCCCAUGGAGGGGCUGAGCGAGGACGGGUGGGGCAACGCCGCUGGCGGUGCCGCCGCCGCACGGCGCCGCAGGGAACCCACGCUUGCUCCGGCUCCUCCGUCCCCGAGGGACCCCUUCGGGGAGCUGCGGGUCAGCGACGUGCGCUCGCUGCUGAUGCCGCCCCACGGAGACGCGGACGGCAAGGGAGGGGGGGAUCCGAAGAACGCCAGAGAGAUGGGGAGAGCGCGAGGAGGUGGUGGUGGUGGUGGAGAGACAGUGAAGGGAGGAGGAGGAACCGGUGGUACAGGAGACACGAUGCAGGGAGGGGGAGAUGGUGGAGGAGGUAGUGCCGGAGAGAUGGGAGAGGCGACGAAGGGAGGGGGGGGCGUGAGAGGGGACGCGAGGGACGAGAUGCGAAAGGGAGUCGGAGGAGGAGGAGAGUCCAGGAAAGAUGCGACGGGGGAGACGAAGGAGGAGCUGAGCAGGGGACGACGAGGUGGAGAAAACCGAGAGAUACGGGGAGAGAAGAGGGGAGAGGUGACUAAGGGACAAAGACACGGAGGUGGAGGAGGAGGAGGGGGAGGAGGGGGGGUAGAAGGCGGAGAGCCGGGAGUGGAGUUGAGGGCAGCCACGGCGAAGGGGCACGACGGACGAGGAGGAGGAGGUGGAGAGACCGAGACGGACGGAGGCCGGGACAAGGGAAGACGCUCGCUGCAAGGUCGCUGUGCCCCUGUGCUGUGCUCCCACUGCCGUUCGAGUCUCCACGCGGGCAGCGUCGCCUACCAGAAGCGCGGCUCUGCACGCCUCUUCUGCUCCACCGCCUGCCUCAGGUCCUUCUCCUCCUCCUCCCUGCCUCCUCGCGCCUGCCACCGCUGUGGAGUGGACAUGCUGAACUCUCGCCGCUCCAUCUCCCGCGAGGACGGGGACCGCUUCCUCGAGUUCUGCUCCACCCCGUGCCUCGCGGCCCACGAGCGCAGCCCCAACCCCACGGCCAUCCGGCCAAUCGCGCCCAAGCGAGCCGUAGGACUCGCCCCCAAGGCCGCCUCCGACUCCGCCCACUCCGCCUCCGACUCCGCCCACUCCGUCUCUGGCUCCGCCCACUCCGUCUCCGGCUCCGCCCACUCCGUCUCUGGCCCCGCCCACUCCGUCUCUGACUCCGCCCACUCCGUCUCUGGCUCCGCCCACUCCGUCUCCGGCUCCGCCCCCGAGACGGAUGGCCACGCCCCCUUAACCGGAGGCUCCGCCCUAUUGGUCGGUGGCCACGCCCCCGGGACCGGAGGCUCCGCCCUCUUGGUCGCUGGCCACGCCCCCGGGACCGGAGGCUCUGCCCUAUUGGUCGGUGGGCACGCCCCCGGGACCGGAGGCCCCGCCCUCUUGGUCGGUGGCCACGCCCCCUUGACUGGAGGCUCCGCCCUCUUGGUCGGUGGCCACGCCCCCUUGACUGGAGGCUCCGCCCUAUUGGUCGCUGGCCACGCCCCCUUGACUGGAGGCUCCGCCCCCAUGGCCCAGUGCUCUGUGUGUGGAGAAGUGAGAGCGGUGCUACGCUCCGUGCGUCCGCAGCAGCCCGGCGCCCCUGCUACGUCCGUGUGCAGCGACGCUUGUGCAUCGACGCUGCUGGGCAAGCCGUGCUGCACCUGGUGUGGCAAGCCGGCUGUGCACACCGCAGCCGGUGCAGCCGGUGCAGCCGGUGCCGCUGCAUCGCACGCCGACACGCAGCCGCACGGCUUCUGUUCGCUGCUGUGCAGAGACUCGUACAGACAAGCCCAGGGCCGGCUGGAGAGCUGUGCCUGGUGCCAGGCGCGGUGCAUCCGCGCCGACAUGGCGGAGCUGAGCGUGGACGGGCAGAGCCCACGGCACUUCUGCAGCGACUCCUGCCAACUCUCGUUCCGCCUUCGCACCAUCAGCGCUGCUGGUGUGCAGGUGGCAUGCUUCUUCUGCAAGGUCCACGCCAUCCCUCAGUUCCACCUCACGAUGGCCGACUCCUCCAUCCGCAACCUGUGCUCACAGAGCUGCCUAACCCUCUACCAGCGAGUGUGUCUGACGGAGUUGGGGUCUCAUCUCUUCAAGAGCUCCACCACCUCCAGCUUCUCCAUCCCCCUCCCUCUCCCUCCUCCUCCACCUCCUCCUCCUCCUCCACCUCCCUCCUCAUCCACCUCCUCCGACGAACCCCCAAACUCCCACAAGACGAACGGUGCUGUGGAUGUGGCCACCGCCACCUCACGCCGGCACUGCGCUCACUGCCAACGCGACCUGGGAAACAGCAAAGCCAUUGCCCUGCAGUGCAAGGGCUUAACUGUUGAGCUCUGUGGCUCGACCUGCUGCGAGGAGUUCAAGCAGCAGCGUGGGGUCGGAGGUCGCUGCUCCUACUGUGGCUCGGAGAGUGAGCCGCUGGUCACGGCGCGCGUCCACGACUCUCAGCUCGCGUUCUGUUCUGACGGCUGUAGGGCUUUGUGCAAGCAGGUGUUCCUGAGGCAUCUGGGCCUGCAUCCCGUGUGCUGUGAGUACUGCUCCCAGCGCUGCUCCCGCUCGUCCGCCCUGUCGCUCGCCCUCCCCGGCUCCCACCGCGUCCACUUCUGCGGACAGACGUGCAUGGACAAGUUCAACACGUGGCACUUGCAGGUGUCUCGUUGCGACGGCUGUGAGCGCCAGGGCCGUCUGGACGAGACCCCGGCAGCGGCAGCCACAACGCGACGCGCGAGGGCCCUCCCCUGGUGCGUCCGUCUGGGCCACCCGACCGACCGCGCGGCCCACGAGCCCGACCCCCUCGAGAUGACCCCCUGA